UGCUGUACCCUCGUGGGCUCCCUGGGUAGUUUCCCCCUUGUGCCUGAUUGGUAAUGCAGCCCUGCAUGAUACUUGUAUUUAUGUCAUUAUCUACAGUGGAUUUAUGAAAAAUCAUGAUUUUUGGUUUAAACUAAAGGGAAGAAAUCGUUUUGUUGGAGGGCCACGGAGCGCUACUUGCCCACCAUAGUUAUCAUCGUCAAUAACCAGGCUGAACACUAGGUGGCGCUUUGACAUAACGUCCACAGUUAUCAGCAGGGAUACAGACGGAUGGGUUGCGAGCGCUUAUGUUCGGUGUCCUUAAACAAAGCGACAAGUUUCCCGGAACGUUUAUUAUUAUUUGAACGAGUUCAGCAGAGUCACGGUUAAAGUGGUGGUGUUUCUAGUGCUGCUGUGCACAUACCGUAAAUGGGCGUGACAGCCACACAACACAACAAAAACAACGGCUCUGCUUCCGGUUUCUGGAUGUAGCUGUCAGACCCCAGCAUCUUUUUAACGAGAAACCGCUUUAUCAGCAGCAAACAUUAGCAUGAGCGAAGGAGAGGUGUUUCACGAGAAGCAACGACUGGAGUUGUGCGCCAUUCAUGCGCUCAACAACGUGCUCCAGGAACGGGUGUUCACCAAGGAGACAGCCGAUGACAUCUGCAAACGGUUGGCUCCACAGUGUGUGGUGAACCCUCAUCGGUCACUGUUAGGCACGGGAAACUAUGACGUCAACGUCAUCAUGGCAGCCCUGCAGAGCAGGGAACUGGCUGCAGUGUGGUGGGACAAACGCAGAACAGUACAGAGCCUUUGCAUGUCAAAGGUCCAGGGCUUUAUUCUUAAUGUCCCAUCACGAGUAACGCUUGGGAUCGUGUCCCUCCCUCUCCGACGGCGGCACUGGCUCGCAGUUCGGCAAGUCAAUGGACAGUACUACAACCUCGACUCUAAACUGAAGAGUCCCGUCUGUAUUGGCGGAGAAGCAGAGCUACGCUCAUUUCUCAGUGAACAGCUUUCUCAGGAUGUGGCAGAGAUGCUCCUGGUUGUCCGGCGGGAGGUUGAGGAGGACGGUUCAUGGCUGAACUCUGACAACCCCAAAAAGUGAUGCCUUGGGACAGGACGUACUGUACCUUUUUAUAUUUUAGCAUGGAAAAAAGAAACUCCUCUGGGAAAAUGACAGACAUUUUUUAAAAAACAAACAAACAUACACCUCAUUACAAAAUCCUCUUCAGGGAAUGCACUAAAAUACAUUUAAUAUCGCAAAUUACAUACAGAGGAAGUUCCAAAGAGAAGCAGAGAUGAGCAUUUACUCCUGAAAUGAAGAACUGUUUUCAUUGUAAAAGUUGUAAAAGCAAUUGCUCUGAUGUGAAUCGUGUAUUUGCAAUGUCCUGCACUUGGUACGUUUGUUUGAGAAGGUGCAUUUAAGCUAAAAUGUUGCAAAUUUGAGGCAAAUGUUGGCUAGUUUGAUGAUGAAUGAGUUGAGACAUAUGACUGAACUUUCACUGUUUUGUGGUAGAAAAAUUGCAUACAGUGUUUGCGCAUUAAAGGCCAUCUGCAGUAUUGAUAACUGGUCUACUUAGAUUAUGAAAACAUACUGAAAAAUCAUUGGAUUAAAUUUUCCAUGUAGGAUAAAAUUGGACAUUUAUGAUACAGUCGCCAAAAUUAGAUCAGUAUAUCCGGUUUGUACAAGAUGUUAAAGUCAAAAUGUAUCAGCUAUCAAGCAGAACCUGAAUGCACCAUCUCUUCCCACGAACUUUGUUGUAAACUGUCUAUGCACUAAAGAGUUACAUUUGUUAGCACUGUUUGUGUUUUUGUGUGUUCAUACAGGCACAUGUACUGUGAAGGUAACACCUGGUGAGGCGUGGAAGAACUACACCAGUGUCUUUGCAUGUUUUCAUCGGUUUACUACAAAUCACUUUUUAAACAUUGUUCACAACAUGAAACAGUUUUUUAGAUUUUGAAAUAUGUUUUUCUUAUCCUCCAGGCAGCCUUUGUUUUCCUUUCAUUUAGAUUUAAUGCACUCAAAGCACUGAAGCUUAUUUGCAGAGAUUUGAAACAUGGUGGAGGCAGGUAAUCCAUCACAAUGAAAAAAUCUUAACUCUUUCCAUUUUUGUCCAAGUAAUGUUAUUUUAGUGUGAUAACGCAGUUGAAGCCACACAGUAAUGAAGCUUUGACAAAGAUAAAAGUAGAAAUGACAUUUAUUGUGAUGGCCUACAUAUUGCAAACAGGUUUCAAGCAUCCUCAGGUUGAUAUUAACACUGCUCUGAAUUGAAUGAGAGCCAGUGGUUGCAUGGACGUUAUUAAGAUCAUCUUUUUAAAUCCAAAAGGAAACAUUGCAGGAAUGUAAAGUACACUAUUCUUGAUUAGUUGUAACUGAGUUAAACAUGCAAAAACACUGGUUCUGUGACUGUAUAUAACCUUUAUGUUUGUAUAUUGUCUCUCCUAUUGAUCUAUGCAUAUCCAAAAGAAUAGCAGCACUGUCUCCAGUACACACUAGUGACUAACUCACACGUAAACCUAAGCUCAGAGGUUUAUAAUAUUGAAACUUAUUUAUAUUAAACUUUGACCUCUUCUUUUAAGUACGAAUCUGUUGUAAUACAUGCUGUGUGUUUCUUGUAG